CAACUAUCACAUUAUAGCAAGCUAGCUAUGAUAACGUUACCAAAUCUGAAGUUAACGGCGUUCGAUUUAGAUAAGACGUGGAGAUAAGUGUGGAGGGUAGAAGGUCGUUUUUAAACAGUUAUGUUAUCUGUAUAGCUUGAUUGUUGUGUUGAUGUAAGAUGGCGUCUACGAUCAUUUCGGUGCAUACCACAGCCUCGCGCUUUGCUCUGCUCCAGGUCGACUCUGAUUCCGACUCCGACUCGGAAACGGGAAAGAAGGGUGGAAAGAGUGGAAAGGCAGGAACAGGGAAGUCGCUGAGUGGAAAGGCGGGUCAGAACUCUGAAAAGAAGAAGGAGAAGAAGAAGCGCAAGAAGGGCCAACAGCAGAAUGAAGCUAAUGAGCUCAGGAACCUUGCCUUUAAGAAGCUCCCGCAGAAGUCUGGCGCUGCCCCCUGUGCGCCCACACUGCAGGGGCUGGCCGGCGAGCUGCUGCAGCCCGGGGCUCUGAGCGGGAACGGGGAGCACGUCGCCCCCCCACAGGAAGGCUGGCAGCAGUGGAAGCAGAAAGAUGAGCAGCUCACCAGUGAUCUUUACGAAGCUGACCUGGAGAAGGCCCUCAUUCUCAGCAAGAUUGACUUUGACGAGCAGAAAGAUGUUGUGAGCACUGAGCAGGCGUCACCCAAGGCGAAGCCCUCAGGGGGCAAGAAGGAGAAGAAGAAGAACCAGCAAGGCAAAGACAAGCGCCCCACCGUCUCCCUCAAAGAGUUCCAGACAGACGCCAGCAUCGACCAGCUGAGCAAGCGACCAGAGAAGGAGGAGUCCAAAGCUGCAAUCCCACCUGUACGCGACGACAAGUUCUUUGACAAGUUGGAGACGGAGGUGUGCAAAAUCGUACAGAGAGACAAGAGGAGGGAGCAGUUCUCCAGCAGCGCGGGUCAGGAGGUCAACACCUCCUCAGAAUACGAGCCGGACGCGAGAACUGAACAGUUGAAGUUUGAACUGGAGAAGAAAGAUGAAGAGAUCGCCCAGCUGAAGAAGACCAUCUCUCAAUGCGAGGUGAAGUAUAAGGAAGUGAAGGCUAGAAAUUCCCAGCUUCUCAAGAUGCUACAGCAGGGCGAGAUGAAAGACAAGGCAGAAAUAUUACUGCAAGUAGAUGAAUUGCUAAACAUCAAAGAAGAACUGUCAUCACAGGUGUCGAUAUUACACGGUGCUUUGGAGCAAGAACGGUCAAAGGUCAAAGAUCUGCAGUCGGACCAACCUAAGCACCAGAUGAAGCAGGAAGACAGGGUGAAGAUCAGCAAGGGUCACCGGAAGGGGAAACGGGGAUUGGACGGCGAUUAAUGAAGACCUUCCCUGCAUUAGCACAGACACCCUCUUCCCAAAAUCUCAAAGCAUCAUCACAAGCAGACGAAACAAGUGCACAUACCUCCUCCUCUUCCUCAUCCUCCUCCUCCUCUUCAGGGUCCUCCGCCUCAUGGAUGAACUCCGUGAUCUGCCCAUCCCCUCCAUCAUCUACCCCCUCUCUGCCUCCUCCUCUGUGCUUAUUGCCCCUUAAAAUGUUGGCAUGAUUCUCAGCAUCUGUUACUGCACUGAACGGGUUUGUGGUUUUAUGUUAUGUACAAUCCCACAAUGCCUUGUAAAACUCUAAUUAAUUGUAAUGUAAAGAGAUGCUCCUUGACUUUGAAGUGAAGUGUAGUGUGAGUUCAGAAGAUGGAUUUACACUGCCCCCUGCUGGCAAAUGGAUGCCAUCACCCUCUCUGAACACAGAGGGUGCUCUUCACUGCUAUUAUGUAGAGGGGAGGGGAGGGGGUCAUUCACAGUUUUAAUAAAAGGAACUUUUUCAGUC